UAUAUGUCUAAACAAUAAGUAUAUUACAAAAAUAGGUUUCAAUUUGUCGUCAAUUUCAUUAAAUUAAGGCAAAGCAAAGACUGGUUUUUCACUUAUUGUCGAUCACUUGUUUAGUCCGUUUUUAUAAGACAGUUGUGACAYCGAUUGAAUGGCACGCGGAGGUCGCGGCGGACGCUGUGCCAGUCGGACGUCACCACGUGGUUCGGCCGCAACCGCUCGUACCGGCGAAACAACUGCUGCCGACACUCCGAGACCGGCUACCGAUGGCCAAACUCCGGCCGAAACACUGGCGACUAAAGAAACAACAAAUGGCGAAGAAGUUGACAUGAAUGUGACGACUGAAGAGACUACUGCGACGCCUAAAGAAGUUAAAGUUGACAGAAGAAAACCUCAGUUGAAGGCCAAGACAGAGCCUGAACCCGAACCUAAGCCAUCGUCACCCGCCAAAAGAGGUGGUCGUUGGACGGCUAAGAGAGGACGUGUCUCUUCAUCUGUUGCAGUAAAUAAUAGCAUCACUGAUGAUGACCAAAAUGAAUCUGUAGAAUCUUCAGCCGAUGGAGAUUCGAUACGAAAAAGAGGCCGCAAACCGAAAGAGCCGAUCAAAGAUGAGGACAGGUAUAUACCGAAUACUGAUGCAAAAAAAAGAGGUAUUAUGGCAGAAGGGAGUAGUUCUUUGCGACGAAGAGAUCAAAUAAAAUCAAAAUCUCGUUAUUCGCCGCCGCCUUUUGAUACCCCAAAACGCGAUCGAUCUGCCAUUAAGUUUCCAUCGACGACAGCAUCCAAUUCACGAUUGAUGGGCAGCGAUGACGAAGAGGUAUCGGUGUCGCCAACAUUCAAACUAACGACAGAUGUGAUGCCACCGAAACAACGCAAGCCUAACGUCGGCAUUCGUACGCCAAACGAGUCAGUAGUUCAGACCAACGAAAACAUAAGCGUUGCCAAGAUUGGUGACGGAACCAAACUAGUGGUAACACUUCCCGAUGGAACCAAUAUCAAAGUCGAUGCGACUACAAGUUCGUCAAAGAAAGUUGCCUUCAAAGGUAGCAAAAAAGUUGGUGACAAAUCCGAAGACGUCGAAAUUGACUUCGACGACGACGGCGCCAAAUCAGAUCCAUUAGAUGAUGAUUAUAAGCCUUCGAGAGCCCGAAAGAAAUUUGAAGAAAUCAAAACAACAACUCCUGUCGGCAAAGACAAAGUUAUCAAUACAUACUCUCGGGUCACUCCAAAACAAUCCAUAUCGCAACCGCCGAAACAGUUGCUAACAAUAUCUCAAUCACAACUUAAACAGCAACUGUUGGGCGCGACUCCAGCCAGUAAAGUGACGCCAAAACUUGUUACACCUGUGACGGCAACCAAUCAAAAGAGAACACCUGCUUCCACACAACGGCGAACACCAAUUUCGUCGACCAAAUACAUUGAUGGACUGCCCGAUGUUCACGAGUGCACACUUGACACAGAACCCGACUCUCAGUUUACCAAACUUCCCGACAAAAUACUGCUCUUGCAUUCGGAACUACCAUUGAAAUUGGCGCUCAGUGUCGAACACGAAGAAGAAUCUUAUUUGUUUCGCCAAAUUGUAUCACCAAUGGAGGCCAACCGAUAUGUCUGUCUUCUUUGCAAAGGUAUAGACGUCAGCUAUGCAACCAAAGAGGAAAAGGAUAUCAUAUCUCACUAUCGAUCGCUGCACGAGUUGGAAGUAGUGACGGCUAACGCCAAGUUUUCAGAAGACAUAGUGUUUAUAUGUUUGCCAAAGUCCAUAAUCAUUCAGCUCCGGACAAACAACAACUCAAUCCCAUUGAACGCUCCGUGUCAGUACUGCGGUGAUGAGGUCAGACUCAUCAACAUCGAGAACAUGAAACAACACUACUGUUUCGAUCACAACAAAGAGGUGACAAUGAUUGAACAGGAAGAGAUACUUAAGAUGCAUAUGUUUUUCUACUGUUCCCAAUGCAAGCACCAGUCGGCCGAUUUCGAGUCACAUCACCGGCACAUGAAGACCGAGCAUAAGAUGAAGUCAUUUAAGUGCAAGAAUUGUGUGUUAGUGACGCAAGACUUGAACCGAUUGAAGAAUCACUUCCGCGCCAAACAUAUGAUUAAUAACUCGACACAGAAUAUGCAAUGCUAUUAUUGUCACGGAUUGCUGAUAGGCAUAGAUAGGCUUAACAAACACAUACAACAGUCUCAUAUGGUUCAAACGGGUCCUCAAGAGUUUUCGUGUGUCGCAUGUCUUAAGCCGUGCGGUCGCGGCAAAGAUCUGCUGACACACGCACAGAACUGUCCGAUGGCCGGUCAGAAGGACAACAAGGAAACGAAAGAAAAGGAAGAUAAAAGCAAAGCAGUUGUUAAACAAGAGUCCAAUUCUGACGUUACAGAAGCGGCCAUUUGUUUCUUAUGCGGUGACGAAUUCGAGAAUAAUGAGAUAUGUCUUUUACAUCAACAUCACGUUCACAUGAAAUGGGUGUCCGAUAUGAGACGUUAUUCUAACGCUACGCCACAGUUGAUUGAUCCGCCGCUUAUUAAAGAGCUGACUAUCGAUGAUCUGACUCCAGAGGAAGAACUCAGAAAAGCCAAAGUAGACACAAUUGUUGGCCACUGGUGUCGUAUGUGCGACCAAAUGGUUAAAGUUUAUCGACUUUAUUAUCUACAUAUGUCUAACUAUCAUAAAUUGAAUAAAGAGUUUCAAUGCAAUGUCUCCAACUGUAAGGCACAGUUCACAUCUGCCGAAGCGUUUCACGAGCACAUGAUUACUACAAAUCACACGCAGAAAACUAUUAUCACAAAUCCAGAUGAAGUGUUUGUCUGCGCUUAUUGUGAUCUAUAUUUUGGUUCCGACGAGGAUUUAGUCGCACAUCUAAUUACUGACCAACACAUCAACAAAUUUACCGCUUCCGGACACUUUCAUCGAACAGAGCCACGCAAUUACAAAUGUAAGGCGUGUCACACUUUCUUCGGUAUGAAAGAGUCAUACAUACAUCACUUGGAGACUGAACCGCAUCAAUACUCGUGUCCUUAUUGUGGUAUAUCGACGGCUACACCCAGCUCCCGACGGGCGCACAUUCAGAACACACAUCCGGAUAAGUUGCAGAUCUGCGAGGAGUGUAAUGAACCGCAGAGCGAUGUUUUGGCACAUUUCGUGUCCCAUGGAUUCGCUUUCGAGUGCAAGAAGUGUAUUAAAAAAUUCUACAACAGAGAACAGCUGAACGCACACAUGGAGGUACAUCAGGACCCGAUUGUCUGCAAUUGGGAAGACUGUGGCCGCACUAUUACCACCAGAUCAAUGCUUGUCACUCACUAUAGAGGCCACAAAAGUGAAUUUAAAUGCAACGUUUGCGGACAAGCCUUCUGGAAUGUGAAUAUGUUGAACAGUCAUCAGCGGUCACAUCAAGCCAUUCAACGUAUCCAACCGCAAAACAUGGCGCCCCAAAAACCAUCGCCAGGACGUCCUUCUCAGACAAAGACGCCGUUGAUUCAACCGAAUCCCAUCAAACAUGACGGACAGCCCGUUAAGUUUCCCACACCCAACCUGAACACCACAUCAUUGAAAGCUAAAUCGCCGCAACCAUUGGGCAAACCGCCUCAAGUGAGCAGCACUGUUAUCAAGUGUGGCCACUGUUCGGCACUAUUCAAAAGUCCCAAAGACUUGGCCGGACAUAAAUGUGUCAAAACAAACAUCAAACACGAGACACAAGAGGUUAAACCUAUGGAAUUGGUUCCGCAGACGAUUAAUACGACUGCACCCAAACCGGCUCCUAAAUCGAGAAGCCGAGCGCGUACACCGAAAAAGGUGGCGCAACAGCAGCAGCAACAACAACAACAACAGCCAAUGAUUGAUUUGAACGCAUUGACCGCCGCUCAGGGAAUUGCCACUCAACAGGACGACGGGACGCAAGUCAUUAUGAUAUUGAAUCAGGAAAGCGGUGAACUCAUGGAGAUUACAGCACCGCAAGGAAUGGCCGUAUCGGAUGUAAUUAAUUCAUUGAACUUUGUUAGACCGGGCGAAGUGGCAACUAUUCCUGCAAACGGCACUACAGUGGCAUAUGAGCCGACAGAAUUAACUGGAGUACAACAAACACAAUCGCAAGAAGUUGACAACGCGCUGACCACUAUUGUUAGCCAAUCAGGCGAUGGAUCAGAACAGACCAUUAUGUUGCCGGCAAACUGUUUUAAUGAGGACGGCUCGUUGACAUUGGACGAAGCAACUCUGGCCAAUCUUAUAUCAGGCAAUGGACAGAUAACGGCACCCGACGGCACUACAUUUAUCAUUGACACAUCUAAUAACUAAAAUAAUUGAUUACUUGUUAGGAGUUUGUGACAACAUUAUAACUUUUAAUUUGAUUAGUUUUACCAAAUUUUUUUGGUUAUUUACUGACAAUUUUUUUAUGGUUUACUGUCAACUAAUGGAUUCUAUAUAUAUAUAUAUAU